AUGGUUCAGAACCGGCUCAAGCCGUAUGCCCAAAUCGUCGACGGCAUACCAAGGUGCCCCUUCGCGACUCCGGAGUCCAUCAGGAAUGCUCUACAGUUUGUGGCCCAGGAAGGCGACCUGCUGCAGGUGUCAUUUCCCAAAAGCGGCACCCACUGGGUCCAGUACAUCAUCCAGUUGAUACUCAAUGGCGGGAAACCACUCGACACGUACGAGGAGUUCACUAAACGGGCCCCGUUCAUCGAAUACCACGUGGAUGCUGCUAAACACCAGACCAGCGCACCAGUGCGGACGUUCUGCACUCACCUGCCUUUGCGCACGGAGAAGCUGAACCCAGAGGCGAAGUAUGUCUACGUGGCCCGCAAUCCUUGGGACGUCUGCGUGUCCCUCUACUAUCACAUGACUUCCCUCAGCUUCUAUCGCUUCCAAGAGGGCACAUUCGAUGACUUUUUGGAGGCCUUCUUGACAGGCUCUCUUCCUUACGGCUGCUACUUCGAGCACCUGGAGGCCGGUUACUUGCUCAAGGACAAGCCAAACGUUCUUUUUCUCACGUACGAAGAAUUGCAAAGAGACAUACGGGACGCGGUACUUCGUUUGGCUAACUUUUUCGGAGAACACUACGGGAACCUCAUCAAAGAACGUGGCUUAGAAGGGGAUACGCAGUUGGACGCUAUCGUCCAAAUGAGUAGCGCCGAAAGCAUGAGAAAAGUGAUGGUGUUCAACCUAAGCGGGCAUCCCGACCCGGAGAUUGACAAGCAGCUGAAGAGCCUGGACGUCUCAUCCAGAGUGGCCAACGGAGGAGACACCAAGCAUUAUAAUUUUGUCAGAAACGCCAAGAUGGGAGAGUGGAAGGAGCACUUCUCGCCUGAGCAGCUACGACGCAUGGAGGACAGAAUCGCGGGAAACACCAGUUGUUCUAGCGUUAUUAUGGACCUUUGGGGCGACAUACGGACGGAGGCAUUGAGCUUGUGCUUAGUAUGAG